AUGAUCUCCUUUUUACUUUCUCUUUGUGUCGUUGACAGCCAGCACCGUGCGUGGCGCCUUGCGCAACAAGCCGACAGCGAGCCAUGGCCAUGGUGGAAGAAAUUAUCGCCCUGGACGUGGUGGAACGCCGAACCUUAUCAAUCACCACAAGACUCUACCUGGCAACAUGCUGUACCAGCGACCAGCUUGUCGGACGGCGCAAAUGGGACUGUCCCCGUACCUGCGGUGAAUACAGAUCGUUGGCACACACGCAAGAAGCACAGAAAGAUGGCAAAGCUCACCAUUUCCGACGCAAUGAACAUGAGGGAAGAAAUGGCGGUCGCACUUGUCACAGCAGCCUUGAUAGGUCUGGUCGUUGUUGUAUGGCUUGCAAAGCGUGUGCUCUCCCCGACUGCGUGA